GACAGAAUGGCGGCUCUUUUGGAAUCGUUACUGCAGGAUAAAGUUGAGUUCAGCAAGGUCUUGCUCUGGCUCAGAGGACAACAUGCUUGUGAAUGUCUAGACCUCUCUGUAAAGGUUGGGAGACAGGAAUUCGUGCCUUAUCUGUUAAAUUUUUUGCGGGACCAGAGCAGUCACACACUGACCCAUGGCCCCACCACACCUGCCAAGACCCCCAGCACUUCCAGAUCUGUCCGGACUCAGGGUUCCUUUGACCGAAGAGGCAACAAAUCCACACCUGUCCAGGGUCUGCGGAGUGCCAGCCGUGUCCAGCUCUUCUCUCCUGCUCCAUCCGUGUCCCCUGUGGCUAGGAGGAAUGAGCAGGAGGCCCCUUUCUCUGGCUCUCAGUAUUUUAGUGGUGUCAGCGCCCUGAGCAGCCCCUCUUUUAGCUCCGUCUGGAGCCCUGCUCCCCGGAGCACACCCUCGGAGCGACGCUCCGCCCAGCGUCACAGUCUCGGCGACUUCAUGAUGUCACCCCCAGAGACCCAGCCCAGCCCCUCCGCACAGCAGCACAAGGGCCGCAAGAGGAGUGGGGGGUUUGGGGGGUGUGCACCCAGCAGACAGGCAGGGAGUCGUGGUGCCAUGUCGGAUGAUGUAGGUCGUUGGGAUGGAGGCGGCAGGAGGUGUAGAGGCAUGGGGAGGAUUGAACAACUGUCACCACCCACACAAGUGCAGCUUAACUUUAACAAUUUGGAAGACUUUCCUCCAGUGGGUGCUGCACAGGCUUCACCAGUACAACCCAAACCAUCCCGCAGAAUUAACCCAACCCCAGUGAGUGCAGAGCGGCCUAACUCUAAACCCAAGAGCUGCUUCACAUCCACCCCACUCAGCUUACCUGCCAGCCCCCCUGUCAUUCCAGAGACUGCUGGAGCCCAAGUGAACUGUGAAAGUCCCCAUAAUCUGCAGGAAGAGAGAGAGCUGCUCAGGAGAGAAAGGUCUAAACUUGCCCAGCAGACUAGCUCUCCACAGAAAGCCACCACUACUAUCUGCACCCCAACCAAAACAGUUGGACAAGGGUUGAAAGUGACCCCUGACUCCCAAGCACCUUGCCCUGACCCUGACAAAGUCACACAAUCUGCAGAGCUGGACCUAUUAUCUGAAUUGUAUUGUACCUGCAUUUCAGAGAACCUGGUUCCAUGUGUGUUCCUAGAGCUGUUCUUUGUGCUGCAGCUCUUGACAUCUCGUGGUGUGUCUGUCUCUGAAUCUGCUGAAGAGGGAGCCAGUGUGUGUAAAAACAGUCCAGAUGUGCUGGAGAGGGCUUACCUGGGAAAUGUGCACAACUGUGUGUAUUUUGCUGUGAGAGUCCUGGAGAAUCAGUUUGAGUUGCUGUCACACUUGGACAAAUGCACUCUACGGCUUCUGUCUGAGAACGAGAGAGUAGCAGCUUUCUCCCCAGGCCUCAGAGAUCGCCUGGCACAAGCUCAAGACAACUGCACUGCAAAGGUUCUGCCCUCUCCACCUUUGUUCAUUCAUUCAGUCUCAUUCCAGCCCGCCACAGACAAUCGCUCCAACUUCACCAGUGACAGGGCCUUCCACACCUUCAAGAAACAGAGGGAUGUGUUCUACGAGCUGCUCAGGGAAUGGGAGGACUCUCAUAAAGAGCCUGGCUGGGAUUUUGAGGCUGCAUUAGGCAAUAGAGUCAGGAUAAUGGUGAGUCAGCUCACUGCAGCAGGAAACCAUUCUCACUUUGCCAGACUCUUCCAGAAGCAGCUGAUCCAGAUGUGUAAGGGUCCUUGUCUGCUGGGAUUUUCCAGUGAUGCCCCUGAUGCCGACCUUCUGAGCAUGCUGGGAGCGGACAGCCUAGGCCGUCUGAAGCGUCUGCAGCAGCGUCUGGUCCAGCCACAGGGACUCAUUGGUCCUUGCCCUCCACCGUCCUUCCCUGGACAUCAGGAAUUUUUUAAAGACUUCCUUCGGAUAGCCAGCUGCUGCCAGCUAAACCAGCACCUGAAAGACGGUCUGUGUCAGCAGCUGCUGAAGCUAGAUGAGGUGUCAAUCCUCUGCCUAGAUGCCAGCCCAGCACGGGGAGAAGAGACUGGAGAUGGAGACAUGGAGCAACAGGACGAGAAGCAGCAUUUCUCCACUGUGCUCCUUACGGCUCGGCUGCUGGCUAAGUUUCUGGGUUUCAUCUCCUUCCUGCCUUACCAGACCUCUGAGGCGCCAUCUAGAGACAUUCAGGAUGCUGCAAUCACUCUGCGUAGUAAGAGUUCUCCAGUGCUGGAUGUGUGUGCGGUGUUGAGGAGUUCUGUGCACAGAAGAUGCACUGUUUUGACGGUACCCUGGUUGGUGGAGUUCCUGUCUAUGCUGGACUACACUGGCCCAUUUCUGCCUUGUUACAGGACCGCCUUGUGCCUGCUGCUCCACAUCUACAAGAGGAUGGUAUUGGGUCGAGAAGGAGAGUUGUGUUAUAUGAACCAGCUGCUCAUGGUGGCGAUGCUGGGCUGGCUUUUUCAGAUCCCAGUUUUCCCUGAAGAUCUCUUUUUCAGUACAGAUCUAAAUGAAGAAACUGAUGAACUGGAGAGUAAUGCUAGUGUGCAAGGGCUGGACACCAUCCCACUAGUUGACCAGCAGCUUCUCUACACUUGCUGCCCUUAUUUAGGGGAGUUUCGUAAACUUCUUGUUGCUUUUGUGGCUGGAAGCACAUCCAAGAGUGGAGGCCUGAUCCGCAAGAUCACCCCCACAUCUGCAGAGCCGAGGGGACCAUCGACAACCCGCUCACAGCAGAAAUUACAGGUGGAUCUGGAACAGGCCUUCUUUCACAAUCAGCCCCCCUCUCUCAGACGCACUGUAGAGUUUGUUGCUGAAAGAGUGGGUUCCAACUGUGUCAAACACAUCAAAGCUACACUUGUGUUGGAGCUUGUGCAGGGUGGUGAGAAAACUCUCAAAGAUAGUUUAGGUUUGGAAGGUGUCAACACUGCCAAGCUAAACGAUUCUAUCUGCGCUCAGCUCAGUGAUGCAGGCAUGCAAGCUCUGGAGAAAGCCACCAGGUUCUGCAGUGAGAAUGCGCCUGGAGCUGUCAGAGUUCUUCUUCCUCUGGAGACCUCUCCUGCUGUGCUGACCACAUCUGAGAGAAUCACCACUCGUUUAGCCACAGAAAAGGCCUGCAGCUGGCUGUCCUCCAACAUCACAAUGCUGCUAAAGAGGGAGUGGAAGAGUGCUUUUGAGAGGGUGAUGAAGAGUGUACCCUCCUCCAGUUUGGAAGCUGAAGAGGGCGAGAGAACAAGCAAAAAUCAGCAGGUCCAGAGAAGUGCUGCAGGGCUCAGCGCUGGUUCCUAUUGCCCUUCAGACUGCACCCAUAAAGUCCCACUGGGAUCAGAAGUCAUGAUAGAAAUUAAGGAGGUUCUAAGUGUUGCUGUAGGACCCAGGUCUGGUGUAGAAGUCUUCACUGCACAUCAAAUUGAGUCCCUACUGGACAAAGUGGAACAGACACUUGGAUGCAGAAAACUCCUUUCGCCUGUAGUCGAGCAGAUGCUGUUGCGUUGUACUGUCCAGCUGGCCUGCAAAGUUGUGUCUGGAGAGCUGCCACUGGUGUCCUCAGCUGAGGGGAACAAGAGAUCUGCUCUUCUGGCGAAGUUUUUGCCCCUGUGGUGUCGGACUCCCACUCCACCUGUACCUUUGCACCUCCUCCUCAGUGAACACACUUUCACUGCCAUUUUCAGGGCCACAGACAGUGAGAGGACUGACUACCUGUUUCUGAUAAGAAGGCUUAUAGAAACUGGUCUUCUGAGAGAGGAGGAAGUUGGCUCCCACUGGCGGAAGUUGUCAGCGUUAUCUUGGCCAGAGGAGUCUGUAGAGAAGUUUCAGCAGCUCUCCCUGGCCACCCAGUUCCCAUUGCCUUCAGUGCCAAACCAUAGGGACGUACUGCAUGUCUCUCAGUGACCACAAGGGGGACACAGCAGACAAAAUUUCCAACUGUUAACAGUAUCUCCGCCAAAACAACUGCACUAAUUGGCAGUGAUGCAUAUUUUAACAACAAGAAAUGUUGAAAUCAUAUAUUUGAUUAAAAAAAAGUCUGACUUAUUGUUAGUUUAACUGAAAAAAUAACGCUAAGCUGGCAAACCACGCCUUCAUAGUUUUUAAACCAUCUUUAAAACACAUUUAUAUGGUAAAUUUCAGUGGGACUUUUGCUUUUUUUCUUCACAAUGCUUUCACUCUUAGUCAUUUGCACCACCUCAAUCUAUUUAUUUGUUUUAAGUGUUUGAUUCGGCCAAGAUCUUACCUAAUAUUUGAUUGUUGCCUUUACUGCCGCUUGUUUGUUGGUUUGUGAUUAUGUGUGCUUCUCUUUGUUUGUGUUUCCCAUUGUCUGUAUUUAUAUAUGUGAAAGUUGAGUUUAAAAGCAUCCGAUUUGCACUUGUAAUAGACUUUGUUCAUGUUGGACAAUGGUAUUAUCAGUUCAUUUUAAACUGCUCUAUGUAAUAAAAUAUAC